AGUACGUACAACGUAUUGAUUCUGUGAAUGAAAGUUGUAACGCUUGCUUCUUGCCCAGGAAGGAGAGAAAGAAGUGUUUGAUUCAAAAUUGGUGUCACGUUUAGAAGAGGGUGGAGCUUUGUCCACUUGCACUGUCCCGACGGUUUCCUUCACGCUAAACCUCAAAUGGCUGUGCCAUCACUAUCUUCCAAGUUCAGAGUUCAUAGAAGCAGUUGAAGCAGUUUUCUCUGUGGUGAUGAAUAUAAGAGAUAUUCAUUGAAUUAUUGGCAUGGAGGAAUUUCCUUUUAAUUCUGUGGUGAACUCUGGUGGACUCAAAGGCGUUGUCUUCGAUUCAUGGUCUGUGGUUGAAGAAAUGAAAAACAAGAAUCAAGACAUGGCUUCAAACAAUGGAGUGCUUCAAAUCAAGACGAAAAUGAAAGCACAGAUCUCAUUGAUGAGUUCAUCAGGUUAUGCUGCCCCUUUCUUUACUCACAUUCCAAACAUUAGACAACCUUGUUUAUUCACAUCCCAAACAUUAUAUAAACCAAAAAAAUGACCUAUAAACUUAUAAACCAUAACUAUAUCAAGGUUAGACCAGCACUCAACCAGAUAUAAAAAACAUGAUUUUAUAGAAAAGAAACUUAAGGAGGACUAGGUCUGGCCAUUUGCCGUUUCUGGGGAGUCGUUGCACAGAGAGGAAAUCAUGCCUGGAAAUAGCAAAUUAACUACCCAACAUAUAAUACCUCAAACCCUAAACCCAAUCCCACCCCCUCCCACAUUGCUCUUGUAAUGCUUGCCUUUCAGAGAGAGAGAGAGAGUUUGAGUGAGAAAAGAGUUUAACCUGAAAAAAACCAGUCUUGUGCCACAUUUCACUCCCUCUGCCUCACCGGAACUAUUCAUUGCUCUCUCUCUUUCCCAUUCUAUGCCAACAGUUGUUCUCUUCUGAAUGGCACCACAGAUUCCUAGAAAACGUCCAAAACCAAAACCCAUCAGCCCCUCCCUGUACCUACUUAAACACACAGAAACCCAAAACCCAAAACAUCACUACCAGAAACUAAGAGCAACUCUGUUAUCACCAAUACAACUCCCCAAGGACCAACUUCUCUGUCUCUCUUCUUUUCCAUUGUUUGAUAAUGGAGAACUUCCGCCCACCUUUCACACCUUCAACAACUACUGCUAGCUCUUCUUCUCCAUCUUCAACUCUGGAAAGUUCAUCAUCUCAGUUGUAUCAUGAUCCAGUGGUUUGCUACCUACCACCACACCCACAUUGGCAGCAACCACCAUGUUUUUCAUAUCCUCCUCCCAUGCGUCCCGAUCCAGUCCCAAGUUCGGCUGCGUGGGAAACAAGGAUGGCACGCCAAAGAAGAGGCAACAUUCUGAGAACAAGAAAAGCUGCUCGUGCCGCGGCUGCUUCUUCAAGGUUGGCAGUAGGGAAGGAUCCAUCUAGUGCUGUUUCUGAAACGCCGAAUGAACAAUACAUCUACUCAUUCUGCACGCCGGAUAACAAGAAACUGAGAAUGUUGUUCGAAAAACAGCUGAAGAAUAGUGACGUUGGAUCUUUGGGCCGGAUUGUCCUUCCGAAGAAAGAGGCUGAAAAAUACCUUCCAAGCCUCUCCGACAAGGAAGGCAUAGAGCUGAGAAUCAGGGAUGCUCUUUCAACCCAAGAAUGGGGUUUGAAAUACAAAUACUGGUCAAAUAACAAAAGCCGAAUGUAUGUGCUUGAAAACACAGGAGACUUUGUUAGGCAAUCUGGAGUGGAGGUGGGAGAUAGCAUUCAUCUUUACGAAGAUGAAUGCAAGAAUAUUUACGUCUCCAUCCACCGGCAGGCUCAAGUAAGACCAGUCCAUGUUGUCAAGCCCUCCUCAACCUCAUAUCAUCAACAAAACUAUACCCAUACCAACACCAACACCGCUAAAAGAGACAACACCAACACCAAAACCAAAACCAACACCACCAUCGAUCACACCAACAGCAAAACCCAUGCCAACACAACAAGCAUAUACACGCCAUACGCCUACAAUGAAACCGGAACCGGUGAAGUUGAGACUUCUUCAGCGGUAGUAUUACUACAACAACAACGCAAUGAACAACUAAUAGAAACAAACAACAUGGUGACAUUGUUUACGGAUCCUGCUUCUUCAUAUAGACAAAGUGAAGAAGCUAGCAACACCAACAACGACGUCACUAGACAACAACAAACCUCUACUCAACCAGCUAUGGCAGGGAUAUUCGGGUCCUCAUCAUCAUCAUCGUCCUCACCGAGUAUAGUGAAGAUGGCUGAGGAUAACUUUGGCGACUGCUAUGAAGGCCUUGGGACGCUCCCGGAAGUAGUCGAUCGUUUUAAUCAUUCUCUUUUUGAUUUUGACGACAUAAUAAGGGACGACAAGACGUUAUAGUGGAGUGAUGAUAAGUGCCGUCUGUAAUUACUAGGUUAAUUAUUUGUAUUCAACUUACAGAAGGAAAUAAUUUGUUCUUGUAAUCUACAAUUCUACAUUCUUUUCAAACUAGUGGGCAGUAGCAAGUUGGGAACUUGGCUAAUCAUUGCUGUCUGUAACGAGGGACAUAUAUAUGGAAGCUUGAGCUGUAAUUAGAAGGAUCGAUGAUAAUGGCCAAUUAGCCACUGAAUGUUUUAAUA